AUGAAGGUCCGUAUCCUCAUCGCCUCGGUUAUAGCCCGGGCUCUUUUUGUUGCAGCUUUACCAAGCGCAUCUGAAGCACCAGAUUUAACCAAGUGUGUUCCCGGGCUACGAUGGGCAUACUAUAAAUUAAGCCGUGGUGAUGUUGUCCAACCUGGAAAACUCACCCAGCACAGUCUCUUGAAUUAUCAACGAGAUGGAGAUGCCUGGGCAAAGACAUUGGAUAUUCCUACCCUCUUGAGAGGGCAGACUCCUGCUGUGGCCGGCACUACAGCUAAGCUCGGUACCGGUCCACCCAACAACGUUGGAUCUUUAACUACUGCGGUCUACGGGACACCCCUCGACCUCAGCAAUGCAGUUGUUCAGCAUAUUGGAUACUUCUAUGCAAAGAACGCUGGGUCUUAUCUUUUCAAGCUCGCUACUAGUGAUACUAUAUAUCUUUGGCUUGGUAAUAAGGCCAAGUCGGGCUUCAAUAGCGCGAAUGCCGACGUAAUUACAAUGGGGCGAAUAAACGGACCAGAUUAUUACGAUUUCCGGUAUAAUGCCGCUGCGAACAGCUACAUUCCCAUUAGAAUACUCUACGUUAGCGCGCAAGACUCGACACCAUCUGCUGCUUCUCAAUAUGGUUUUUACUUUGAAAUUAGGGAUACUAGUAACAACAUCUUUGUCGACCCUUGGACAGCAGCAACAGACCAGCUCACCCCGAGUUGUAGCAGCUCGAGCGAAGCUAAACCAUUUGAAUUUCAGGAAGAGAGUUUCAGUGUACAGAACUUGGCAGCCUUGGGAGAGCUACCGCAGCUUGACGAGUCACAAAAGGACACCCUUUCCAAGCUUGUAACUUUAGCUCUAGAUUCCAACACAGUUCAAAGCUUCGUCACGGCGAAACUACCAGUCACACUAUCAGCAAUCGACGGUGUGACCAAGAGAAUAGGAGCUCCAGUACUCGAGAACUUGGACUCAUUACCUAGUCGACCAGCAACUAUUGUGUUUACGUUCCUAGGGGACUUCUUAUCCUGCACCAUUCAGGGCAAGACCCUUAAUGAGGCAUAUGACUGUGCUACAAGAGCUGUUAGCGCACUCGGGGACAGCAGGACUGUCGUGGUACCAGAGCGUUGUAACAACCCGUUGGGCCAGUUAGAGAUUCCCUUCACCGGUGGCUGGCCGGCAAGAUGCCACGACCCCACGUCAACGCAGCAUCCAGAAGGGAACUGGAUGAGGCGCGCUCUGUUUCGCGGCUUGUGCAAGACGGGUAAUUUGCUAAUGGGAUCUAAAUUUGCAGAGGCUGACCGCGUACGCGGCAGAUCCUGCGACGAUAGAUUUCCGUCUGAUGCCGAUAUUUCCAAGAUCAAGGACGCGCAUCUCAAGGCCAAGAUGGAAUUGGCAUUGACUGGGCUUAUUGACUACCAUAAGCAAGUUCAAGCCAGGGUGGACGAAGGCGGCGUGGUGACCUCUGGUGAUGUUGAGAAGGCCGCUGAAUACAUCGCCCAAGGGGCCUUCCCAUCGUAUGAAGGCAAAGACAAGGAAGAGGCAAUGCAACUAGCCCGCUUGUUUAUGGGUAAUGUGCAGUCGGCAGUACACCUCCAGCAGUGGGCCUCUCAACCUGUUGCCAUAGUACAGAUCAUUCCCAUGGACCAAGUAGCUAUCAAGAAGGCGCUCGAGAUAACAAAUACACGGUACCCAGGUUUGUUCCAGGAUACAGCUCUUGAGGGAAACCAGUUGUGCUAUUCGGCUCAAGAGGUUUUGAAAUUGCCUUUUAGUAACCGGGACAGAGUCUCUGAGUCGCUUAUCUACAUCGAGCAAACCAUGCGGAAGAACGUGCGAACAUGUAAAGGCUGCCCCAGAGGAGGCGGUAAAUGGGCCUUUGCCUGCGGCCGGAGCAUCUAA